UUCAGAUAAAAUCAUAAAACGAUAAGUAAGUCGGAACUUUUAAUGGGAUAAUGGUUUUCGUGUGCACAAGUUUUGUAUUUCUUUUGUUUUCUUUCAUUUCUUUGGAUAAAUGUUCUGCCUUAUUCCACACGACGUAUACUGAUGCGGGUGCGAUUGUUGGAAGAAUAGAUAAUAUCUACUACAACAACACACCUUAUAAAAUUGUCACUUAUCUUGGAAUACCAUAUUCUGAAGAAAUCAAACCUUGGAAGAGAUUUCAAAAACUUCACUUCCGGGAGCCAUUCAAGACACCAUACAACGCCACCUAUAUCCGGUCCGCUUGUUUGCAAUCUGGACAAGGAGCAACCAGUCAAGAGACGAGCGAAGAUUGUUUGUUUUUAAAUAUCUACGCUCCAGCCGAAAGUACAAUAAAUCCGAAAAAGAAAUAUUCGGUUAUUAUUUACAUUCAUGGUGGAAAUUUCAAAACUGGUGCAUCGAGCGAUGUUUCACCAGAAAUACUAAGCAUUGCUGGAGAUUUGAUAAUUGUAACAAUUAAUUAUCGUCUUGGAAUUUUCGGUUUCCUCAACAGUGGUAAUUCGUUCGCUAGAGGUAAUUAUGGGCUUUGGGACCAACAACUUGCUAUUCGCUGGGUCAGAUACAAUAUUGCUUCAUUUGGAGGUGAUGUAAGAAACAUAACGUUGAUGGGUCAAGCUGCCGGAGCCGCCAGUGUCUUGUUCCAGGCUACGUAUCCUGGAAACCGUGGAUUAUUUCAGCGCAUAAUUGCUAUUAGCGGAACCAGUCUCAGCCCCUGGGCGUUGCAUGGAACUAAUCUUAGAGAUAUAGCGGAAGAAUUAGAAUGUUUAGAUGAUGAAAAAUCUUUCUCAUUCAGCGACGAACCAUUAGUCGAUUGUAUCAAAAAUAAACCUGCAGAAGAUAUUCUUGCCGCUGGUAUUUCAAUGGAGAAUAUAGGACCUACGGUUGAUAGCGACUUCAUUUUUGAUCACCCGGAUAAAAUUAUGAAUCUUAUAAACAGCACUUACAAAGAUGCCAACGAUUUCUUCAGAUCCUUAGAUAUCAUUGUCGGUGCCAACAGUGACGACGGUAGUCAAAUCCUUGAAGCUGCUUUAUCACUCGAUUACGGAAUGACUGGUUUACAAACAUUUACAUUAUUAUCAGAUGAAAUCGAACAAAUCCUUCUCCCAACUCUGCUGGAACCUGUAUUCAAAAGGCACGAAUUAUUCUUGAAUUAUACUCUAAACAAGCAGACCAGAAACAAUAUCCUCUCGUCUGCUCUUUUUCAAUACACAAACUGGACUGAUCCGUAUUCCAGCGAGUACAUCAGACAGAACUUGCUCCGUCUGUCGACGGAUGUCAAUUUCGUGAUUCCAGCAGUCCAGCUCGCGGACGCUCAUUCUUACACUAAUAUCAAUGCUUCUACGUACGUCUAUCAAUUUACUCAUAAGCCCAAGUAUGACACAAAUGCUCCCCUGUGGUUAAAAGGAGCAAGUAACGGUAUGGAGACGUUCUAUAUAUUUGGCUUUCCCGAUAGAAUGAUAAAUAGUCGAGGUUUAGAUAGAAGAUUGAUAAACAAGCGGGAGUACAACAUUUCCCAGACUAUGAUGAACUGGAUUGCUAACUUUGCUAGGACUGGAAAUCCGAAUGAGCCAAGAAAUUUCACAGGUUUCGGCAACACAUCUGUAUUAUGGCCAGAAUACAGCGACGAACGGCCAUACUUCAGUUUUUCUGCUAACGUGUCUUCUAUUAGGUCUCAGCGUACACGAUUUGGGGAGUCAGCAACCUCGUUUUGGACAACACUGGUUCCUGUACUUCUGCGAGGCUCUCCGCCACCGUCACCGGUUAAGAGGAACCAAAGUGAUAAAAUAACAUUUACAGCUUUUAAGAUAAAAGCUGAAAAGAUUGAAAUAGUAAUUAUAGCUUUUAUAACUGUGACAAUUGGACUUCUAAUAAUUACCGUGCUACUUGUGAUAUUUUCAUGCAGAUAUGUUUUGUGAUCCUUGAUUUAUUUAUUGUUAUUUUGACAAAGAAAAUGUAUUAUUAUUAAUAAAAAACAAGUGUGGUCAUAU